AUCAGAAAGAGGAAUUCAGAUUCUAUUUUCUUUAUAUUAGCAUAAAACAGAGCGAAUAUCAACAACAAGAGUAAAAAAAACAUGGCCGGUGGCGGUGGUUCAGUGAAGGACUUGAAGUCUAAGGCGGAAUUAGAUACUCUGAACAACGGCGGCGCUCCGGUAAUCCUUCACUUCUGGGCGUCAUGGUGCGACGCUUCUAAGCAUAUGGACCAAGUCUUCUCUCACCUCUCCACGGAUUUCCCCCACGCGCACUUUCUCAGGGUUGAGGCUGAGGAACAAGCAGAAAUAUCUGAGGAGUUUUCUGUUUCUGCUGUGCCUUUCUUUGUCUUCUUUAAGGAUGGCAAGAAAGUUGACUCAUUGGAAGGCGCAGAUCCAUCCAGUUUGGCCAACAAAGUAGCUAAGGUUGCUGGUUCUGUCAGUUCUGGUGAAUCUGCUGCUCCUGCUAGCCUUGGAAUGGCAGCUGGAGCCAGUGUUCUUGAAACAAUCAAAGAGUUGGCAAAAGAAAAUGGCCCAACACCAGUGUCAAGCAAAGUCCAACCCAGCCACGAUGCAUUAGAAAAGCGAUUGCAGCAACUGAUUAAUUCCCAUCCAGUCAUGCUAUUUAUGAAAGGAAGUCCUGAAGCACCUGAGUGUGGAUUUAGCCAGAAAGUCGUUGAUAUUUUGAAGAAUGAAAAUGUAAAGUUUGGAAGUUUUGACAUUUUAUCUGAUAAUGAGGUAAGAGAGGGGUUGAAGAAGUUCUCUAACUGGCCAACUUUUCCUCAAAUCUAUUGCAAAGGAGAGCUUCUUGGUGGAUGUGACAUAGCAAUUGCAAUGCAUGAAAGUGGUGAGCUAACAGAAGUUCUUAGAGAUAACGGAGUUGAUACUAACGGUUCCAAGAAGGUGGAAGUUAGUGAAGGAGGAAGUGGGAAGGGAGGCAUAUCGGAAUCCACUGGUGUGAAUGUCAACCUAACUUCUCGUCUAGAAAGCUUAAUCAAUUCAAGCGCAGUUAUGCUGUUCAUGAAGGGAAAACCCGAUGAGCCCAAAUGUGGUUUCAGUAGAAAGGUAGUUGAUAUCCUUCGUGAAGAAAAUGUGAAUUUUGAGAGUUUCGAUAUUCUCUCAGAUGAUGAAGUACGUCAGGGCCUGAAAGUUCAUUCAAAUUGGUCUAGUUACCCGCAACUGUAUAUUAAAGGUGAACUGAUCGGUGGAUCAGACAUCGUGUUGGAGAUGCAGAAAAGCGGAGAGCUCAAAAGGGUUUUGGUUGAGAAAGGGAUUUCUCCAAAAGAAACUCUUCAAGAUCGUCUCAGGAGUUUGAUCACGUCUUCACCAGUAAUGCUUUUCAUGAAAGGUUCCCCUGAUGCUCCGAAAUGUGGUUUCAGUUCCAAAGUUGUUAACGCCCUUCAGGAGGACGGUGUAAGUUUUGGGUCCUUCGAUAUUUUAAGCGAUGCAGAAGUGAGGCAGGGGCUGAAGGACUUCUCAAAUUGGCCUACAUUUCCCCAGCUUUAUUCCAAGGGUGAGCUUAUAGGAGGUUGCGAUAUUAUAAUGGAGCUGAAAAACAACGGAGAGCUGAAAUCUACCCUAUCGGAGUAGGUUGACAUGGUUCUGGUAAAAUUUAGCAAUGCCAGACAACAGUUAUUAUUAUAAUUCUUUUUCGGGUGGUGUCAGUGUCGUCUUUGGAUGUCGAGUUCGGAUGUUAUUCUCAAUUUAUCAUCUGAUACCUUGAUAUAGUUUCUUAUAUGAAUUGUCUACAUUUCCUUUUCCCAUCUGUGGCUGCUCUGCUGAGGGACAGUUCAAUUAUGAACAGAAUUUUCUAACACUGCAAUUUUGAUGAAAGCUUAAUUUGGGAUAUUUCAUGCAA